AAGUAGCCGAGUAAAACUCGCCAUUUUAUGCGCUGCAUAAAGAAGCAGGCAGGCCAUGCUGACAUAGAGCGUUGUUUUAUGGUGCAAAUGUGGCUCUAUGUGUAUUUAUAGGUUUAGUGUAAAGUCAUAGUGUCUUUGUCAGUCGAUAAUGUCUGCAGAAGUCGCUCCGGAUCAGGCCGCGGAGUACAUUCCGGAAAAGGUGAAGAAGGCCGAAAAGAAGUUGGAAGAAAACCCUUAUGACCUGGACGCAUGGAGCAUACUGAUUCGAGAAGCACAGAACCAACCUAUAGAUAAAGCAAGGAAGACGUAUGAGAGACUUAUCACGCAGUUCCCAAGUUCGGGCAGAUUCUGGAAGCUAUACAUUGAAGCCGAGAUCAAGGCUAAAAACUAUGACAAGGUUGAAAAGCUCUUCCAGAGAUGCCUCAUGAAGGUUCUGCACAUCGACCUGUGGAAAUGUUACCUUUCGUAUGUGCGAGAGACGAAAGGAAAGCUGCCCAGCUACAAGGAAAAGAUGGCGCAGGCAUACGAUUUCGCCCUAGACAAAAUCGGAAUGGAGAUCAUGUCAUACCAGAUAUGGGUGGACUACAUCAACUUUCUCAAAGGAGUUGAAGCGGUGGGCUCGUAUGCCGAGAACCAGAGGAUCACGGCAGUACGGAGAGUAUAUCAGAGAGGCUGCGUCAAUCCCAUGAUCAACAUCGAGCAGCUGUGGAGAGAUUACAGCAAAUAUGAGGAGGGUAUCAAUAUUCACUUGGCCAAAAAGAUGAUUGAAGAUCGAAGCAGAGACUACAUGAACGCUCGGAGGGUCGCCAAGGAGUAUGAAACUGUGAUGAAGGGUUUGGACCGAAACGCACCGUCUGUGCCCCCGCAAAACUCUCCUCAGGAGGCCCAGCAGGUGGAGAUGUGGAAGAAGUACAUCCAAUGGGAAAAGAGUAACCCACUACGCACAGAAGACCAAACACUUAUCACUAAAAGAGUGAUGUUCGCUUAUGAGCAGUGCCUUUUAGUGCUCGGCCAUCAUCCUGACAUCUGGUACGAAGCUGCCCAGUAUCUGGAACAAUCCAGCAAGCUACUAGCAGAAAAAGGGGACAUGAACAAUGCCAAGCUGUUCAGCGACGAAGCUGCUAACAUUUACGAGCGUGCCAUUUCAACGCUUCUGAAGAAAAACAUGCUGCUUUAUUUCUCUUUUGCUGAUUAUGAGGAGAGUCGUAUGAAAUAUGAAAAAGUCCACAGCAUUUACAACCGUCUUCUGGCCAUAGAGGACAUUGACCCAACCUUGGUUUACAUCCAGUACAUGAAGUUUGCCAGAAGAGCAGAGGGAAUCAAGUCCGGGCGCUCCAUUUUCAAGAAGGCCAGAGAGGACGUCAGGACGCGGCAUCACGUUUACGUUACGGCCGCUCUCAUGGAGUACUACUGCAGCAAGGACAAAUCAGUGGCUUUUAAGAUCUUCGAGCUUGGUCUGAAGAAAUACGGAGACAUCCCUGAGUAUAUUCUGGCGUACAUCGAUUACCUCUCUCACCUCAAUGAGGACAACAACACAAGAGUGCUGUUUGAGAGGGUUCUGACUUCUGGAAGUCUUUCUUCGGAAAAAUCAGGGGAGAUCUGGGCACGCUUUUUAGCAUUUGAAAGCAACAUUGGAGACCUGGCCAGUAUCCUGAAAGUGGAGCGCAGACGCUUCCUGGCGUUUAAAGAGGAAUACGAGGGCAAGGAGACGGCUCUGUUGGUGGACAGAUACAAGUUCAUGGAUCUGUACCCCUGCUCCACCAGCGAGCUUAAAGCUCUCGGGUACAAGGAUGUGUCCCGUGCCAAAUACGCCUCUCUGAUCCCAGAGGCUGUUGUUGCACCUUCUGCCCCGACGCUGAAGGAUGAUGGAGACCGUAAACCGGAGUAUCCCAAACCAGACACCAACCAGAUGAUCCCCUUUCAGCCUCGACAUCUUGCCCCCCCUGGCCUGCACCCUGUUCCAGGUGGAGUGUUUCCUGUUCCCCCUGCUGCUGUGAUCCUCAUGAAACUGCUGCCUCCUCCAAAUUGUUUCACUGGUCCAUUUGUCCAAGUGGAUGAGCUCAUGGAGACGUUCAGAAGAUGCACACUGCCAGAGACUGUAGAAGCUGCGGUGGAGUUGAUCACAGGCAGCCGUGGUGAUGUUCCCGGAGAAGGAAACGGACCCAUCGAGAACCAUGCGCUAACCAACAAAUCACUGAAGAGGUCCAACCCUGAUUCAGAUGAGGAAGAGGAAAAAGGUGCUAUCGCUCCACCGGUCAACGACAUCUACCGUGCCAGGCAGCAGAAGCGUAUCCGAUGAGUCCCAAACAAAAAAUGGUGCUUAUUAUGGACUAACUGUUCCUCCAGUGGGGGUUCGGGGGGGAUGUCUUAGCUUUCCCCUUUAUGGAUGGUUUUUAUUGUCAGGCUGUGUGAACACAAACAACCACAUGCACACCCACACACACACACAGUGUGUUGUGAACUGGAAAGUUUCACCUACAGUUGACCUCUCCCCCCCAAAAAAAACAGAGGCGUGUGACUCAUUGUGUUUGACUCGACUUUUCAGCUCAUUCGAGUUUCAUCUUAAUUUUUUUUUGGUCUGUUUUUUUUUGAAGGGUUUUUUUUCUUAGUGUUUUUUUUUUUUUUUUUUAAACAGUUUUAUUUUUAAAACUGAGUGGCUCCUAUUGUACAAAGUUUUAUUCUGGAUGUUCAUUGAUACAUAGUACAGAGCUUGCCAUGUGUAGUCCAGUGAAAACACCACAAACAUCAUUUUGUAGUUGAAUGGAAAUUUCACUUCACUUCCAAUAAAACAAACUAAAGAA